AUGGCGAGAGGAAUGACGACUGUGAUGUCUCGCACACAACCUACCGAGACCAUCUCAUUCCCAGUGUUGACCUAUACUGAUGCUUUGCCUGGAAGCGACCUCCAGGCCCCGGAGGCCGCACACUGCCAAGACUCCUUAGGACAAUGGGAUUUCCGCCAACCCUCUCCGGGAGAUGGAUGGUUCAGAAGACCCCCGCCGGGCGAGGGCACCACCUUCGACUUCCGUAUUACCGCGCCACCAGAUGAAGCCGUCCGAUCUCACACUCGCACCCCAGCGGAGCAAGAUAUGAUCGGGAUUGCCCUGGGGAGUCCCGGACUACUCAAGCAAAAUGAGGCUCUGCCGCCGCCCAGAUUUGAUACAUCGAUUUUCUCAGGAAACGGACAGGGCUUGACCCACAAACCGAGCAAAUGGAAGAAGAUUGGGGGAUUGUUCAAGGCGAAGCAGGCCCUGACCUCCUCACCGGAGGAGAUGCACACGGCCGAGGCCAAGCUGCCACACGAGUAUAGACAAUUUGAAAAACCGCGCAAAACUAAGGAGAGAAAGAACUCAACGGAAGAGUGGCCAGCAGUCGAGGUUGAUCCCCCGCAAAAUCGAACUCACGAAAGCCCUAAGAGGGGUCGGAAGUUUUCCCUGAGUGGAAAUAAGGCUCCAAAGAGUCAACCGCAGCCGCCACCCAACCCCGGACCCAUGCUGAGUGUCAAUAUCCCAGAUGUUCAGAUGGAGCGUUACAGCGUCAUGUUCCGCGAUGUCGUUGACAAAAACCAAAGGCCCCCACUGCUGGCCAGAAGGGCCAAGACCCUAGACAACCUGCAGGUCCCAGACGUUAAUGGCUUUAUCAAGGCCCCCGUGCCACCCCCAAUGCCUCAACGCCGGGCAACAUCGCCAGCACAAUCAACAUUCACCCUGUUCCCGACAUCUCAACCUUCUAAAGCUGCUCAGUUGCUCGGAACGCAGAACUUCUCUCGCGGUCCCAGUCCAUUGAUGCGAGCAAACACGCUCCCUGUCGAAAGUCCAUCCAAGCAACAGCCUUGUCAUGGAUCGAACAAGAACAGCCUGUCGUCGCUAGAGUCGCCUGUCAUCCCGAGGCUGUUCUCCGCCGGCUCUAGCACCCCAAGAUCCACGAGCAGCCACAGCUAUGACAAGCCUCUUCCUGCCAUCAGAUCAGAGUCUCAGUCCAGCCACCUACAAAGGGUGACUCAGUCGCCAAGAAACACCCCAUCACCACACCAAGCCCGGUUGCAGCCAAGUAGUCUUUCCCAAAAACCACUGCUCGUGAAGCAGGAUACGCAGCCACGACCGGCGCCGCAACCUAGAAAGGAUUCCCUACCGCGGCCAAUGGAGAACCUCCACCUUCACGCCUCACCACAGAAGACGUCCAACCAAAACCGCAUUGACAAGUGGCUCGAUCAACAAGAGCCCGAACCCACUAUACGCCCGCGUCUCAGAGUUGAAACAGAACACCGGCCGGCCCCACCUGCCAAAGACAUCCUAUCCAGCACAUCUCUCGGCUCACUGCCAACCUUGAACCCAACCCAGGAAAAGAUCGACCGCAUAAUGUCCCCAUUGUCAGCCUCAACGGGGGCCCGAUCCGGAAUCUCACCAUCCGAUUCUACGCGCAUGCCAUUCGUUGACGCAGUAGAGGUUCUCGAAGAACCCGAGCAAGAAGAGCCCGAGCUCGAACCCGAGACUCAGGUAGUGAUCCCCCGAGUUGAGGUCUCGGUCGCGCGAUCGGUCUCCGUCUCCCGGGCUAAGCGACAUGUUCUCGUUCCGGUUGGCAAUAGAGUUGAUCAGCUCGAUGCGGAAGAGCGCAUUGUGCAGCGGCGGGCUCUGACACCGCAGAUUACGGAUGCUCAUCGUGGUCAUCGGCCUGGUGUUUCGCAAGAGCUGAGGAUAGAGUUCACCAUAAUCGCAACGUCUUGGGGAGUCACAACACUCAAUAUACUAAAGUACUUAAGUAUAGACCUCGAAAGCCCUUCCAAGCUUGAGCGAAAGAAUUUUGUAUCGAUCAUCGCGAUGGAAGAAAAGCUAGUAUCGGCCUACACGCCGGCGCAGUUGGCCAAAUAUCUCAGCUAUAUCGAUUUACCCGACAAAUAUGGACCUAGUCCACAGGAGUUCCCCAACACAGAACAAGGCUUGAAAGACCUCUUCCGGUGCCAAAUCACCAGAUUCCCAUACGACAAUUUAACAUGUCACUACUCCUCCACUCAAUUGGCCGAGAUCCAGCCAGAGCGAAUCUACACCAAAUUGCUAGGAGAUGAAACAGCCCUCCCGUCAUGUCGAGGGGGCUACUGUCUCGAAGUGAGCAUAUUCUUCCACCACAUUUUACGCGGGCUAGGCUUUGCCGUAUACAUGACUGGCGUCCGUAACCGACUACGCCAAGGCGGUAUACCGCAGGGAGAAUAUUUUGGAUGGACACAUAUCGUCAACAUUGUGCGCCUACCAGAUGGACGGGAAUUCCAUUUAGACGCGGCAUUUGGGGGCGACGGUCCGACAAGUCCACUCCCCUUGGUAUCUGGACAAGUGACGCGAAACCUGGGAGCACAGGAAGUCCGACUAAUCUACGGUAAUAUGCCGAAGCAGACGAGGCGAGAGCAGAAGGUCUGGAUAUAUCAGUAUCGCAACGGAGAGGAAAAGCCGUGGAAUUCGUUCUAUGCUUUUGCCGAAUUGGAGUUCUUUCAAGAUGACUUUGAGGUGAUGAAUCGGUUCACGAGUUGGGAUGCGGUGCAGAAACGGAGUUUCGUUGUGGUGAAGUUCAUUCGUAACGAAGAGACUGAUGGGUUGCCGUUGUUGCAGGGGGAGGGAGGGCCAGAGAGUGAAGAUAUCUUUGUGGUUGGGAAGAUUAUGAUGGUGAACGAUGAGAUUAAAUUGAAUAUGGGGGGAAGGACGAGGGUGAUUGAUUCAUAUCAGACGGAGGAGGGACGAUUUGCGGCUUUGAAGAAGUGGUUUGGGAUUUCCUUAUGUUACUGA